AUGACAACCAUCAAUGAUGAGCAGCUUCCCGAGGUUGACGAGACGGCGCCGCUGCUCGGCCAUGACACCCCCACGCUACUGCAACAGAGCAGCCGGUCGCCGUUUACGCGCCCCGUAUCGGUCGUGACGACUCUCGUCUACGUCGUCUACUCUGUGAUGCUCGAAUUGUCCCAGUCUCUGCCCGGCAAUGCGUUCCAUCAGGUCGUCGAGGAGAAUCUCUGCCGUGACAUGCAUGGUCGCACCGAUGUAGAAUUCUGUGGCGCCGACAAUGACGUCCAGUCGGCGCUGGCCGUCCUGUUUGCAUGGCACGGCACCGCGCAACUUGUGCCAGGGCUGCUUACCGCCAUACCAUAUGCUCUACUCGCCGAUCGUUACGGUCAGAAACCGUUCAUCAUCUUAAACGCCUUUGGCAUAGCUCUUGCCGCAGCGGGCGAUCGAAUUAUCUGCUAUUGGCCACAAACUUUUUCUGUUUAUUCUCUUUGGGCUGCUCCUCUUCUCUACUUUAUUGGUGGAGGCCUGCAGGUCUCUAAUGCUCUGCUGUUUUCCAACAUCACAGGCCUUACUACCGACGCUUCACGGUACAUGAAUACUUUGGCAUUGUUGUUUACUUUGGCUAAUUUUUUGAAUAGUCCUUCAGUCAUCUCUGUCCUGGUAACGCUUGCCUACGGUCCCCGCCUGAUCGCCGCGAUGGCAACCUCCAAAAUGAUCCAAACUUACGGCCCUUGGCUGCUUCUGUGGCUUAGCCUUGGGUUUGCCGUUCUGUGUAUCUUCUUAGCUCUUUUCUUCCUUGAGCCAACGCAAAAGCCAAAGUCUUCCACAGAUGCGAUCGCAAGCGAAAGCGACGCCGACCUCAGAAAGGCCGGACUAAAGGCCCGAAUUCUCAAGAGCUACCAGGAAACAACAGCUGGGUUUUCCUAUCUGUUCAAACAAUGUAACUCUGGCGUCCUCAGGCUUGCCAUUUGCUUGCUGGUUAUGACACUAGCUUGGCAAUCAAACGGACUCACCUCACAGAUCAUGCGAAGAAGGUUUGGAUGGACAUGGGCAAACGUCGGCGUCGGCAUCUGGACACUUGGUACGAUGUAUAACCUGAUCCUGAGGAAUUUGCUUGUAUUAGCAGUUGGCGAGAACUCGGUCGUUCUUUUUAGCUGUAUUAGCACUAUCGAGACCAUAGGUAACCUCCUCAUAACGCCACUCAUUGCACAGGUGUUCAAGUUCGGCUUGCAGUUAGGAGGCGUCUGGGUGACUAUGCCAGUGAUGAUUGGCGGUGGCUUUUCCAUCCUCGCGCUUCUGCUACUUGGUCUUAGAAGGAGCUAA